CUGGUCUCUUUCUUUCCGGUUGUCAAAAGUGCAGUGCAUCCUCUACCGCUAAACAAUGGCCGACGUUGAUGUUGAUGUUCCCUCCGCCGCCCCCGUCAUCGAUGGCGCCAUGGACAUUAAUACCGCCCUGCAGGAGGUCCUGAAGAAGUCCCUGAUCGCCGAUGGACUCGUCCAUGGCAUCCACCAGGCCUGCAAGGCCCUGGACAAGCGUCAGGCUGUCCUGUGCAUUCUGGCCGAAUCCUUCGACGAGCCCAACUACAAGAAACUGGUCACCGCCCUGUGCAACGAGCACCAGAUCCCCCUGAUCCGCGUGGACUCGCACAAGAAGCUGGGCGAGUGGUCCGGUCUGUGCAAGAUCGACAAGGAGGGCAAGCCCCGCAAGGUGUGCGGCUGCUCCGUCGUCGUGAUCAAGGAUUUCGGUGAGGAGACACAAGCUUUGGACGUGGUUAAGGACCAUCUCAGGCAGAACAGCUAAACUGUAUUGCUGUCCCCUGUCUGCUGAAUGAGAGACUACGUGAAAGUUUUUUUUAAGCUUAUUGCUAAUUGAAAAUAAAACGUAAAUCACCUGAAUUCAGAUGAAAAUAAAAGAAAGUUGACCUUUUUA